GUUUAUCACUCUCAAAACCACAAGGAUUUGGCAUUGGAUUGCGUGUCUCAAAGUGUGUAUAUAUAAUUAUGUAUAUGUAUGACACUUCUUCGGUGUGAUGUCGUUUGGUGCUCUUGGCAUCUCUCUACUAAGAGUGAAGACUGAAGAGGAGUACUUUGAGUGAAUCGAGAAGGAGUAGUAAUGGCGACGCCGAAAGAGCAUAUAGAAGAGAUAAGGAGGACGAAGUUCUCGAUCGGAGGAGAGCUGAAUCCUCUGACGGAGGAUCUUCACCAGGCGGUCAAGAAUCUCUCUGCUGAGCUUUACGCUAAGGAUGUUCAUUUCCUCAUGGAGCUCAUUCAGAAUGCAGAAGAUAAUGAGUACGGGGAAGGAGUGAAUCCAUCGCUGGAGCUAGUUAUAACUUCACAGGACAUAACAGACACUGGAGCACCGGCGACAUUGUUGAUUUUCAAUAACGAGAAGGGGUUUUCAGCUAAAAACAUAGAGUCUAUAUGCAGUGUUGGGAGGUCCACCAAGAAAAGCAACAGGAAGCAGGGUUAUAUUGGAGAGAAAGGAAUUGGGUUCAAAAGUGUAUUUUUGAUCACAGCUCAGCCUUACAUAUUCAGUAAUGGAUAUCAGAUACGAUUCAAUGAAGAGCCUUGCUCGCACAGCAAUCUUGGGUACAUUGUCCCUGAAUGGGUUGAGCAGAAUCCAAGUCUUGCUGACAUAAAACAAAUAUAUGGUUCUCAUGCUGUGCUUCCAACCACUACUAUAAUCUUGCCUCUAAAGCCAGACAAGAUCAAACCUGUGAAGCAACAGCUCUCAAGUAUUCAACCUGAAGUUCUAUUAUUUCUUUCAAAGAUUAAGCAGUUUUCUGUCAAGGAAGAUAACAAGGAUCCAAGGCUCAAUACAGUGAAUGCUAUAUCUAUUUCAAGUGAAAUUAACUUUGUUACAAGGAAAAAUAUUGAUGCUGAUUCCUAUACUCUCCAUCUCUCCACGGAUGAAGCUAGUGAUGUGACUGAAAAAGAAUGCAGCUAUUAUAUGUGGAGGCAGAAGUUCCCUGUCAGGCAGGAAAAUCAAGUAGAAAGAAGACUUGGAGUGGAGGAGUGGGUUAUUAAGCUAGCAUUUCCGAUUGGACAGCGACUGAAUAGGGGGAUGAGCUCUCCUGGAAUCUAUGCAUUUCUUCCUACGGAGAUGGUUACAAAUUUUCCUUUCAUUAUUCAGGCAGAUUUUGUUCUUGCAUCAUCCAGGGAAACAAUCCUCUUGGACAACAAAUGGAACCAAGGCAUUCUAGAUUGUGUGCCUUCUGCUUUUCUUAAUGCCUUUAUUUCACUGGUUACAACAUCAGAAGAUGUUCCAGUUUCUACACUGACCCCAAUGUUUAAGUUCUUACCUAUCAACAGCUCUUCUUAUCCAAAGCUCAAUGUCGUGAGGGAGUCUAUCAAAGCAAAACUGCUUACAGAGAAUAUCAUACCGUGUGAGUCGUAUUCAGACCAGAAGAUCUUUCGUAAACCUUGUGAAGUGGGUAGGUUAAUGCCUUCUUUCUGGAAUAUCCUGAAAAAGGCAAGGAAGCAAGGGGUAAGCUUGCAUUCUCUAUCAUCCCAUGGAAGGUAUAUCCUGAAUUCUUCAUUUGAUACAGAGGAGCACGAUCACAUAUUGAAUUUCCUUGGUGUGGAACCUGUCAAUAGCGAAUGGUAUGCCAAGUGUAUCAUGAGUUCCAAGCUUGUUUUGGGAGUGACAGAGGAUGACUAUUUGGAGCUUCUACUCUUUAUUGCUGAGAAAUGGAGUUUCUCGUUCUAUAGCACUACUAUGAAGUAUGUGCCUCUCCUGAAAUAUGUUGGGCUUGACGGAAGGGUUGCUUUGUGUGCUAUAAGCAACGUCACAAUGCGGGAUGGUGAAAGUAUGAUUUGUAUGUCCCAUGAGCCUCGGCAUAUCUCAUGGAUGAUAGAUUGGAACAGGGAAUUUGGAUUUAUGACAGAUCGAUAUUUUAUGCCCAGAAGCACACAAGCAGCUAUAAUGUCAUUUUUUAGGAGAGAGACUCUGUUGGAAUGGCUUAAAAUUCAAGUUAAGGUUCGUGUUGUAGGCAUGUACAACUUUGCGGUCAUUCUUUAUAAUUCUCUCAAUGAUGACCGACAGCUUGCAAUUGCCUAUGCUCACUUCCUUUAUCAUUCGUUCUCAAAGAGUUAUCUACCAAAGGAGAAGGUUGAUUAUUUGUGUGGUAUUAUGCCACUUGUAGAUAACUAUGGGCAUGUGAUGAGACGAAGAAAAGGGGUUCUCGUCCCUGCCAAUGGAAGCAAAUGGGUGGGAUUGAUGGGUGCAAAUCCGUGGAGGGAAGAAGGCUAUGUUGAACUAGGAGAAGACUAUUUGCGCUCAGGAAAUUAUGCAGGUUCAUUCACCCCAGAAAGUCAGCUAAUAACAUUUCUCAAAACACAUAUUGCAGUUUCUGAUAUACCUGAUAUAUCUCCUCCCAACGCUGAGUUAUCUGUUGCAGAUACACCACUCACCAAGAAAAAUGCAUUCUUGCUGUUGGACUGGAUUCAUAAUCUGAAUUAUAAGGAAAAUCUGCCUGCUAAGUUCUUGGCAUCCAUUCGGACAGGAAGCUGGCUCAAAAUUUCCCUCAGUGACAGCCCUGGAUACAGGCCACCAUCACAGUCUUUUCUAUUUGCUUCAUCAGAUGGAAAUCUUCUUCAGGACGAGUCAGUGAUGGUUGAUAUUCCAUUGAUUGACCAAGAAUUUUAUGGCAAUGGCUUAAAUAAUUAUAAGGAGGAGCUCAAAAAAAUUGGAGUAAUGUUUGAAUAUCGUGACAUGUGUCAGUUUGCAGGGAAGCACGUAAUGUCUCUUGCAACUUCCUCUGCAUUGACCAAAUCUAAUGUGUUUCAAAUACUUAAUUUCAUCAAAUUUCUGCGGCUUAAAGUUCUUCCAGCUGAUGAGUUCAUCCAGACUAUCAAGGAUGGAAGAUGGUUGAAGACUUCCUGUGGUCACAGGUCUCCAGUUGGAUCUGUUUUAUUUGACCAAGAAUGGAAAGCUGCAUCACAAAUCAGUGACAUCCCCUUCAUCGACCAAGAUCACUACGGCAAGGAAAUCCUUCGUUUCAAAAUGGAACUCCAAUUGCUAGGUGUGGUAGUUGGCUUCAACAAAAAUUACCAGCUUGUUACUGAUCACUUAAAGUCUCAAGCAUGCUCAAAUCAUCCAACAGCCGAGGCUAUUCUUUUGAUAUUUGAAUGCAUGCGUGAUUGUGAGCGCAAUUCAAGACCAGCCGAUAAACUUAUACAGGCACUUAAAGGUAAUAAAUGCUUGAAGACGAACAUGGGCUACAAGUUUCCUAGUGAAUGUUUCCUGUUUAAUACUGAGUGGGGCUGCCUUCUGAAAGUCUUCCAUAAUGAUUUCCCACUUAUUGAUGAAGACUUCUAUGGGACCACCAUCUUUUCUUACAAAAGAGAGUUGGGGCAAGCAGGAGUAGUGGUAGAUUUUGAGGCGGCAACCCAGAAAUUUUCUCCUGUUUUCAAGAAACGUGCAUCCUCAUCUUCCAUUGGAAGAGAACAUGUUCUGUCUUUUCUCGCAUCUUACAGACAGAUUAAUAAGACAAACAACAAGUUUCCUUCAGAUUUUGUGUGCAGCAUCUACGAGGCAAAAUGGCUGCAAACACGCUUUGGUGAUCCUAGAUCUCCAAGAGAGUGCAUUCUUUUUGGCCCGGAGUGGGAACCUGUAAGCUCAAUUACUCUGCUUCCUUUCAUUGAUGACAGUGAUAAUUCCUACGGCAAGGGCAUUCAUGAAUACAGAAAAGAGCUGAAUAGCCUGGGCGUUACCAUCAAAUAUAGAGAUGGUGUGAGGUUUGUGGCUGCUGGUAUCUGUUUUCCCCAAGAUCCCAGCACUAUAACUCCAGAAAGUGUGCUCUCUCUGCUGCAGUGCAUAAAGAUUUUACAGAAAUAUGAUCCUCAUUUACCUGACAUUUUCCGGAAAAAGGUUUCCCAAAGUUGGUUAAAAACCUAUUAUGGGUAUAGGUCUCCAGACCAAAGUUUGUUGUUUGGCUCUGAGUGGGGUUCUUUCUUACAGAGGAAUGAUGGGCCUUUCAUUGAUGAAGAAUUCUAUGGCCCCAACAUUACAGCCUACAAGAACGAGCUCAGAGAAAUAGGAGUGACCGUUGAUGUGUCAAAUGGGUGCUCUUUGCUUGCCGGCUACCUUGAUUUUCAUUCUGAAUUUUCAACCAUUGUUCGAGUCUAUAAUUACUUGAAUAAACACAGCUGGUCGCCUCACAGAGAUGCUCCUAGAAGGAUCUGGAUCCCUAAUGGUAGUGACAGUGGAGAGUGGGUCAGUCCUGAAAAGUGUGUUAUUUAUGACAAGGAUGGUCUCUUCAGUUCACAGUUUAAUGUUUUAGAGAAACACUAUAUGCCAGAAUUAUUCACCUUUUUCUCCAGAGUUAUGCAAGUUAAGUCCAAUCCUUCUGUUGAUGACUACUGCGAACUUUGGAAUAACUGGGAAAAUUCAAGGGAGCGAUUGUCACAUUCAGAGUGUUGUGCUUUCUGGGCCCAUGUUUCAAAUCACUGGAGUAAAAAGACACAGAAAACUCUUGCUGAAAACUUGUCAAAACUGCCAGUUGAAUCGGACUCAGAUGGAAUCAUGUUAUUUGACAAACAUGAUGUUUACAUCGCAGAUGACCUCCAGCUGAAGUAUCUUUUCGAACAAUCUUCCCCUCAUUCAAUUUUUGUCUGGUAUCCCCAGCCAAGCAUCCCUUCCUUGUCCUGGACUAAGCUAUUUGAGAUCUACAGAAAAAUUGGUGUUCGAACUAUCUCUGAAUCUGUACAGAAAGAGGAUAUCUCCAAGUUGGAAGCUAGUGAACUCAAGCAAGUGUCUCAGAAGGAAUCUUUAAUCGGAAGAGGCCUGCUGAGACUCAUUCUUGGCUUUCUCGCUGAUCCUUCUAUUGAAAUGGAAGCAGGACAAAGGCAGGAAGUUGUCAAAGGCCUUCUCAAUCUUGAGGUCUUUCAGACGGAGGAUCCAAUUGCAGUAAGCUAUAGACUGUCAACGACUUCCGGGGAAACCAUGGACAUUAAUGCAAGACGAAUGAUGUGCUGGGACCAGGAGAAUUUCAAGCUUAUCAUGGAGAAGAUGGAGAUGUCAGGUGGACAUAAAAGUACAAUUGAAUAUGCUACAAUCUUCGCUGAAGUAAUAUCUGAAGCUGUGUUACAGGGGAAUGGAGACCAUAUAUCCGCUCUUGCCAAACUGAUCAAGUUAGCAUUCCUCCUGGAUUUUGACGAGGAAGCAGUUGGGUUCUUGAUGAGAUCCAAGAAUCUCCAAGUUUUCAUGGAGGACGAGGAGUUUCUCUCUUCAGCUUUUUCUGUCGAGGGUCGACCAGAUCUCCUUGUUGAAGAACUUUCCCCUGCUUGAAUGUUCCUUCUUGUUUCAAAGGUCUUUAAAGGAGGUUGGGAAAGCCCAUGGUGCCUUUCAAGCACUCUUAAAGCAAGGGAACACUUAAGACAAGUAGACCAUCCAAGAAGUACGCAUGGCAGACACCCUCAUGUCCUGCAUAGUGCCUUUGUAUGAUACCGAAAGAGGCAUAGGGCACGGUCGGUACUCUCCAAAGUGCUAUAUGUCCUUAGAGGGAAGGCUUUUAAGAGACUUAUUUAAAUUGGGGAGUACACUGUCACAGGCUUUGAAAGAGGACUCAUGCAUCCAAGAGGCUAGUAAGUCCCAAGACAUAGAGUAUGAUUAGCAGACUCCUCAUGCACCGGGAGGCUUCUAUAAAUCUUGUUGGACAGGUUUUUCGCUUGUAGCCUUUGAAGAGAGACUGAAAUACCCAAGGGCUGGUAAGUCCCGGGGCAAAGAAUACACAUAGCUAGUAAUAAUAAGUAGUAUAUAUUAAUCAGGUGUGAAAUGGCCUACUCGGGCAACCCAUCAGUGUGUAGUAUAUAUUGUAAAAACUUUGCCCCUGUGCUUGCCUUUUUAGCUACUUGUUUGCAAUUAAGGUACCAUUAUGGUCAUAAGGCUUAUGUUUGUGAACUUCAAAUACAAGAAAGAAAUGCUCAACCUUCCUUUUCCUCCUGAGAUUAACAACA